GGGACCAUCUUGUUGGGUCCAUCCAUAGGAAGGAGCUUCCUGGCUUGCGGCAGCCUUGGGACCGUGGAGAGAGGAGGGGGACCCUGGAUAUCAAGCAGGCAGGCAGGAUUGGACCUCGGGGUGACUGCAGGCAGCGAUGGCAGAAUGCACGGAGCUGGAAUGGGCCGUCCAGGUGCUGGUGAACAACUUUGACAAGUACUCGAGCCGCCGCUGCUGCUGCAAGAAGCCGCGGCGCAUCAGCAAGAAGGAUUUCCGCAAGAUGCUGAGCUGUGAGCUCAACCACAUGCUGACGGACACUGGGAACCGGCGAGCGGCUGACAAGCUCAUCUGUGACCUGGACGAGAACAAAGACGGCCGCAUCAGCUUCGAGGAGUACUGGACCUUGAUAGGUGGCAUCGCCAGCCCCAUCGCCCAAAUCAUCCGCCAGCAGGAGCAGAGCGUCAAGCACACCAAGUAGCCGGCUGCGUCCGGACCAUCCCCGGGCUCAGCCCCACCCCGGGCUCAGCCCCUGCUUCUCCACGGCUCCCCGCUUCUCGCCUCUCCCGCUGCUGAGCCCCACCCCAAGCCCCAGCUUGCCCCGGGGCACCCUGGUCUCCCACGGCUUUGCCGACUGAGCCAUGCCAGGGUGCAAUUGGGGCGGGAAGACCCUGUGGGUGGGAGAAGGGGGUGCGAGGCCAUCACAGCCUCAGGGGUCUUCUCCUUGCCCCACACCAUGCCAUCCCUGCCCUCAUCCUCUUCUGCAAGCCCUGUCCUUGCUGGGCUGCUGGGCAAGAAGCAAAGGGAGAGGAUUCCCCUCAUCUAGGACGUGAAUUCUGUCUGUUCUCCGACCUCUGGGACAUGGCCCUGCUGGCAGAAACCCCGUCACAACUGGGACCCCCUCUCCCCUUGGAGUUCCCCCUCAAAGUCGGGGGUCUUCUUGGAAAAAGGGUGCCUUUCCCCCUGCUCAAGCUGGUGAAGGGUCUGCCCUGCCUGUGCUGCCUGGUGCUCUGGUCCUUUGGGCUCGGGGAGCGGCGUGGUCCCGUCCGGGCAACACCACCGUGGUUAUUUAUUGCAGCAAUAAAGUUUGGAGGAGCAGUG